UUCAAAAUGAGAAGAUUGAAGUGCUUCCUGUGCUUGAUCUACCUUUGGUUUCCCGGUGCGACCUUAAGGCAGCUAAACAAGAACUAUGCCAUGUCCAUAUACGAUCUGGGAGAGCUACUGACCCACAAUAAAGUGCUGGUCAACCACCUAGAGGCCUACGCGGAUAAGUUGCAGCAGAGGGUGGACCUUAUAGACAGUUAUGUUGAGAUCAUGAAAGAGAAGAUAGCUCGCGCACAAAGGAUGGAUCACGACCCUCCGUCUAGUUUUUCCUUCAUGCGACACAUGCAAUUCGAUUGGCCCAACAUUCUGUGGUAUCUGGAGCAGCAGCCUGGUGAAGCUCAAGCUACAGGUAUAAGCCUUCUUCACUCUGAUUUACCGACUACCAAGGAUUUGGAGGAAACCCUUAAUGGGCUGUGGCGCAUUCAGACCAUUUACAAUCUAAAUGGCUCUGAUAUGGCCAAGGGACUCCUGAUGGGAGUGCAGCACAAUUACUCCACCACCCCAUUUGAGCGCUAUACCAUCGCCAAGUAUUUGGCGAAAUGGGGGGACUAUGCCAAGGCAAAAGAUUGGAUCUCUGUGUCCCUGGAUCUAUACCAGGCGGAUGAGGAUUACUGGGAUUUGUAUGAACAGCAGGGACUGUCUGCGGAAAACCUGUAUGAACUGUAUGUUGAGGUUUUAAAUAACUUGAGCGAGGACAAGGAAAGGCCUCUUUCCACGAUGAUUGAAACCCUAAAUAGGCAUCCAAAGAACCACAACUUGAAGCGGGCUCUCACUAGGCUGGAAAUGAGCCAUCGCAUUGGGGAAGAGCCCCAGGAACAGGAGUCUGAAGACCAGGAUGACUUCCUGGACUGCUGCUCUAGAGAGUGCCGCCGAGGAUCCCGACUUUACUGCCUUUACAAUACCACUGCAACAGCGUUCCUCCGCCUGGCACCCCUGAAAAUGGAGCUGUUAUCACUUGAUCCCUACGUGGUGCUCUACCAUGAUGUGCUUGCGGAUAGGGAAAUGUCUUUACUGAAGUUGAUGGCACAGAGGGACUUGGUUCGGGCCGUAACCUACAAUGCAACGGAGAAGAAACACUCUGAAGAUCCAAACCGCACCACAAAAGCCGGUUGGCUGGACCCUAGCCAUAAUCUAAUACGAAGGAUGGGCAUAUUGACAGAGGACAUGUCUAACUUGGAUCUCGAAAGAUCGGAGGACUUUCAGGUUCUCAACUACGGCAUUGGCGGCCACUAUGCCGUCCACCCCGACUUCUUUGAGGGUUCUAAUCCUGAACUCCCCGAUCGGGUUGCCACAUUAUUGUUCUACUUGAGUGAUGUGCCUCUGGGGGGCGCCACAGUGUUUCCCUUACUCGACCUGUCGGUGUUUCCCAAGAAGGGAGCAGUCUUGAUGUGGUACAACUUGGAUCACAAGGGGCAAGGCAUGGAAAAGACCAUUCACUCGGCCUGUCCCGUCGUUGUCGGCUCCAGAUGGGUGAUGACCAAGUGGAUAAAUCAGCAACCCCAACUAUUUCGACGGCCUUGCCUAAGAGAGUAGUGAAUAAAGUCUUUCGUUGAACAGAAACCAUGUCA